GCGAGGGUACAAUGACGCACCUGAAUUUACACUUGCGCAACUUUUGGACGGUCGACUAGACAUCUUUGGAGUCAGUGUUCCGUGACGGAUUGCCAUGACAUUUAGACUACCCAUGCUGUUUUUGCGCAGUAGACUGAGUAGUAUUAUAUGCUGUUUUAUGCUGAGGGGUUUUUCAACUAUGCCUAUUACCUUGUAAUACACUAUGACGUCUUCUCUUAUUCACUAUUGAAGUGAGUAGCCAAUUUCUUUCAUUAUCGCCACACACACCUCUAUUCUAUUUCAUUUUCAGGUGAGUCACAUUGGAAUGAACAAUCACUGCUGUCAACUUGGAUAGUUGCCUGCCUGUCCGUCCGUCCCAAUGAGAUUUCAGUACUUUGGCAGUGAAAAAUGCCGUGUCUGUCUACAGAGAGCUGGACUGAGGUGCAGGUGGGCUGUCGUAUGAAAUAGGAGAAGGACUUGGUGGCCACACACCCCCAAUUCAGUUGUUACACACACACACACACUGUCGCUCGGAGUGGCGAGACGCAGAUGCGCACUCCACGGACACCCAACUCGGCACCCAACUUUUGUUCUGUGCGUGGAUCUAUUAAACAUAUCUUUUCUCUUCAAUGAGCUUGUGAACAAACGGAGGAUAGAUGUUAUUUUGUGGGCAAAUAUAUUUUUCUAAAUAUCCGCAAAGGACCAGGGUUGGAAUAAGGAUGCCCAAUUGUGUUUGAGACACCUGCGUUGAUUAACCUCGCUUGGUGAUUUCUCAAAUAUGGAUUAUGUGCGUAAUGUGGCUCAAAUAGCAGAGAAAGGAUAUUGUUUUUGUCGGUAAGGAUUUAAUAUUGAAUCGCUCAGUAGUGCAUUGAGGAGAAGGGCAGCCGCAGCCUGACGAUGCCGGACGCGUCUCGGGACGUGCCGGUGCAUUCCUCUCCAGCAGUGGCGGCGAACGCGGAGGGAGACGAGAUAGAAGUGCUGGAGAGUAUCGAUGUUCUUCCCGUGGCCCCAGAGGACCAAUGGAAAUCUCUGUUCGACAAGUUCGACUCAGAGAGUUCAGGCUUCAUCAGUACAGAGCGGUUCAGGGACCUGCUGGCGGCCCACGGAUCGGAGCUGGACCCUCACAAGCUGGAGGUUCUAUUGGCCCUCGCCGACGGCAACGCAGACGGAAAGAUCUGCUACCAGGACUUUGUCAACCUGAUGUCCAACAAGCGCAGCAACAGCUUCCGGCGGGCCAUCCUGCAGGGGAGUCGUCAGUUGAAGGGGGCCGGGGCCCUGGGGGAGGAGGUGGGUCUGGGUCUGUCCCAGAGGCUGGUGAGGCACAUCGCCUAUGAGACCCUGCCCCGGGAGAUCGACAGGAAGUGGUACUUCGACAGCUACACCUGCUGCCCACCACCCUGGCUCAUCCUGGCUAUCACCAUUGCUGAGGUGGCAGUGUUCAUGUACUAUGGCCUGCAGUUGGACCGCUGGGUGCUGCAGGUGUCCAGUCCCCACUUCCUGAGGGGCCCACUGCCAUACCACCCCAAGCUACGGAUUCAGGCCUGGAGAUACCUCAGCUACGCCUUCAUGCACGCAGGCAUAGAACACCUGGGUCUGAACAUGGCCAUGCAGCUGCUGGUGGGAGUCCCUCUUGAGAUGGUCCAUGGAGCGCUGAGGAUAGGACUGGUCUACGUGUGUGGUGUACUGGCAGGCUCCCUGGCCGUCUCUGUCACUGAUAUGACUGCUCCGGUGGUGGGGUCGUCAGGAGGAGUCUACGCCCUGGUCUCAGCACACCUGGCUAACGUGGUCAUGAACUGGUCGGGUAUGAAAUGUCAGUUUAAGCUGUUUCGGAUGGCCAUGGCUCUGGUCUGCAUGAGUGUGGAGUUUGGCCGUGCCGUGUGGCUGCGGUUCUACCCGCCGGCCUUCCCACCCUGCCCCAACCCCAGCUUUGUGGCCCACCUGGGAGGUGUGAUGGUCGGGCUCACCCUGGGGGUUGUAGUCCUCCAGAACUACGAGCAGCGUCUCCAAGAGCAGUCUCUAUUCUGGAUCUUCUUCUCUGUCUACUUACUCUUCGUCCUCUGUGCUGUCUUCUGGAACAUCUUCGCCUACAGCCUGCUGGACGUCCGGCUCCCCCCCCACGCUGUGAGCUCCAGAGGUGGAUACAUGAGCUGCAUCGUCCCCCCCCCCAGCCCUCCAGGCCUCUGAACAAGACUGGUCUCAAUAGUGCAGGGCUGCAUGCUAAGCCAGUUGGGCUUUUCAGAGAAAAGGGCCUCAGAUCCAAUGGAACAUAACUAUCUAGGUCCAAGACUCCAGAAUUUGUAUCUUCAUUCUAGAGUACUGUAUGGAACAGAGUAUGGCGGCAUCUCCUCUUAAACCCAAUGGUGCCUAUAACUGUAAGAAAGAGGUUAUUAUGACAGCUAGCUUCAAUAAAGGACAAUUUCAUAGGGUUGGAGAUUGUGAUGAUACACGUGUCUUCAAUCUGUCAUACUAUAGUACUGUUAUCUGAAAUGAAGCUAUGAAAUGUUCCACUGUUGACAUGUUACACUGUACUGAGUACAUCUGAUGUGACAUGGGUUUGUUCCAACUUCCUGAUUUUUGUCUGGUUACCUGACUGUUUACACAUUCAACGAUGCUACGCGUACAUUGUUGCCUUUCAUAAUAUGUCUGGCAAGACUAAUGGCUAAAGCAGAAAGAGAUGGGUAUUCAAGCUAGAUAUUUGCAGGGAGAAUUGGCUUACGUUUUUGUUGUUGCCUUUGGUGUGUCUUGCUCUAAGUCUGCUCUGUGUCAAGCACUCUGGUCACCUCAAAGCGUGUGUGUGUGUGUGUGUGUGUGUGUGUGUGUGUGUGUGUGUGUGUGUGUGUGUGUGUGUGUGUGUGUGUGUGUGUGUGUGUGUGUGUGUGUGUGUGUGUGUGUGUGUGUGUGUGUGUGUGUGUGUGUGUGUGUGUGUGUGUGUGUGUGUGAGAGAGAGAGUUCUCACCUAUACAGUAUGACAUGCACAGUAUUGGAGGAGUGGACGGUAUUGGAGGAGUGGACGGUAUUGGAGGAGUGGACAGUAUUGGAGGAGUGGACAGUAUUGGAGGAGUGGACGGUAUUGGAGGAGUGGACGGUAUUGGAGGAGUGGACGGUAUUGGAGGAGUGGACAGUAUUGGAGGAGUGGACGGUAUUGGAGGAGUGGACAGUAUUGGAGGAGUGGACGGUAUUGGAGGAGUGGACGGUAUUGGAGGAGUGGACGGUAUUGGAGGAGUGGACGGUAUUGGAGGAGUGGACGGUAUUGGAGGAGUGGACAGUAUCAUCCGGGUUUCACUGACUUACAUUAUUUUGUUAUGUGCAAAUGGAAAUGGAAGUUGAAACAAAGAUAGAAGUGCUGUUCAAACCAUCAGUGUUUCUGACCGUUGCCAAAACCAUCCCUUAACCAAUAGCAUACAAAAGACAGAGCACUACAACGAACAUGUGCUGUUUUAUUAAUAGGGGAAUAUGUUGCCUUUUGGGAUGAGUACUGGGUGAGUUGAAUGUCAGCAUUCUCCCUCUGGCACAGACUUAUUGAUAGGUAUUCAAUAUUUAACUCUGUUACAGACUGUGGGAAUGGUGCUACAUGUAAAUAGGUCCCUCUCUCCAGAGUUAGCCUUCAGUUAGUACUGUACUGUCAAUGCCCUUAUUAAGGAGAAAGCUAAGCCAUGUUGUGUUGGAUGCUGUGUUUGCUUCAACAGGAGAACACGUCACAUCUCAACCAACCAAGGCUCAAAUUAGCCUGGUCCCAGAUCGGUUUGUGCUCUUACCAACUCCAUUGCUGUCAUUGUCAAGCCACAGAUGUUUGGCAUGACAAUGAGUGUCAUGGAGUUGACAUGGUACCAGGAACAGACUGGCACCCAGGCUAGCUCAAGAGUGUACUUUAACUUAACCUCUCGUUAUGCCGCUUCACACAAAAUAAAUAAUAAGACUGUAAUUAUUAACAAAUGAAUAUGUUAACAUACAAUAGCUGGUUGUUGAUUCUUGAAUUGGUCUACAUUGUGUUGUGUAAAAUAUCCUGUCUAUUUAACAUUUGUUGAUUGUAUAUAAUACGGUCUAUGGUAUGGAACAUAGUGGUAACUGACAAUAUUUUAACAUGUGCAUAUUUUGUAGUUUUGAUAUGUAAAUACUGUACUGGAAUACAUUAAACUGUUUUUAUAAUGAAACGUA